CAGUACACUUUCGACAUUAUUGUAAUACCCUUUUUUAUCUUGCCAUGAGAUGGAAGAGCCUCAUGUACUAAUGGUUUCUCGAGAAACCUUUAACCUUCUCCUUCGUCUCUUCUGCCGACACUGAUCAUGACAUCUGCAACCGACAUCUAUGCACACGCUCCUGGAACAUGCCUUUUCCUCGAAACAGCCAGAACACAGCCAAAAGCGAUUGCUUCUCGAGAUCCGCAACCGAUGCACGAUCUCCAGCUCGUUUUAUUCCCUCCCCUUUCAAUACCAUCGUACACCUCGAUGACAGGACCUUUUCUAUCCCUAGCACGGAUGUCAAAUUGCAAUGUUGCCUCUUCUCCUCAUGGCUUCCGUUGUGCCGCUCAAAAGAAGUGCUUAUAUCAAUUGUGCAUGCACUCGGUGUACACCGUUACAUCUCGAGGCGACCUCUUUUGUUGCCCUCUUUCUCGCGACGGGGGAGAGGCGGGAGAUUGAAGUGCGAACAUCUCUUGAAGACUUGGCUCGUCAUUGCGGGAAUGACGAUUCGAUCACUACCUAUAGGAUCCAUCACUUGUGUCUGCAGAGAUAUCCUUACUCCUGCUGCGACAUGUCCCGGAGUGUGUCCUCUGUCCCCGUGGUCGUAUAGCAUGCAGCGAUGAGACAGAGAAAAAGUCUUCUCUCUUCCCAGCCGACGAUUUCCCCGUGCAGA